AUGGCUCAAACAAAAGUAUAUUUUGAUGUCGAGCAAUUAGUGGACUAUAUCCAAAACAUCGCGAUGGACCCCGAGAUGCGCCUCGCCUUUGUCGCCGAAUAUGUGAGAAGCAUCAAAGAUUUACAUGGUAAGAACGUGCAGGAAUGCGAGAAGGCGGUUUCCAUCCUCUUCAACUGUUUAGAAAGCUAUGACGUGAUGAAAAGCUCCAACGUGGAUACCAUUGUGGAGCUGACGGUGCUGGAUAUUCUGUUUAGUCUUGAUCUCUCCGUGAUUCAGAUUUCCCUCUGCGAUUCCUACCUCGGGCUGUGUUUGGGCUUGGUUUCCGACCUGACCGUCGCCGCGGCGGCCGCGAAGACCUUUGGCGCGGCGCUGAACUUCAAAAUCUCGAACGAUUUCAUCCAAACGCAGGUGGAGGAAGCCCUGAAGGCGAUCCACCUGUCGAUCCGCCAGUCGAAGCCCAAGCAGGUCUGCAGCAUCCUCGCGCUGACCGAGGCCGCCCUGAAAUACCCCGUCGUGAUUCUCCCCAGGCUGGACGAGAUCCUCCGCCGGCUCUGGGAGUGUUUGGCGCAUCACGAUAAGGAGAUUCGCUCGCACGCGGAGGGGCUUUUUCACCACGCGACGAAGCUCCUGGCGAACCGCCCGCCCUCCGCCCGGGAGGAGGUUUACAUGGAGCUCAUCUAUACACUGAAAAAGAAGCUGGGGUCGAAAUACUACGAGGACAAAAUCGCCGGCCUGCUGGCCUUCGAGCCGAUUGUGACGAACACGGCGGCGGGAAAUCGGGCGCUGCGGUAUGAGGAUCUCUCCCUCAUGCUUUUGCCGUACAUCAUCGGAAGGGAUAACCCGUUCUUUAAGAUCGAAGAACUUCUCAAAUUGGUCUUUCGCUGUUUGGUGGUGCUCUGCCGCUUCAACAAGAGUCUCUUCGUGGCGAACCAUAUAAAAGGCACGGUCAAGUUCGCCCUGCACGCCGUGAAGAACAAAAUCCAACUCAGCGAGGCGCUUGACAUGCUUACCGAGAUCGUUCUGAUCGUGGGGCGCGAUGAGUUCGCGAUCUUUUCCAAGGAGACCUGCGACGUCAUCUGCGAUGUCCUCCAGGAGUCCAACACGCCUUGUUGGGAAGCGCUGAAAUGCUUUUCGGUAAUUUGUAAAACUAGUGCACCGAUUUGUUUGGAGAACUACGUAGAUUUGUGUAUAGAAAAAUCCUUUAGAUGGGGGUUUUCACCGCAGUUAAUUGAGUGCAUGCGGGACAUCAUCGCGGCCUCGCGUCCGGAGUACCGCACAAAGCUGGAGGAGUCCCUUUUAGACAUGAUCUCGAUCACGCUUUGUGGAUCCCCAUUCCGUCAUCACUCCACCACCAAAAAUUAUCCCGAGUUCGCGAGCGACGGGGAGCCGUCGGAGACGCAAAUCUCGGUCGCGCUUAACGCGCUCGUGCAGUUCGGCUUCUCCAACUCCGAGCUGAUGAGCGACUUCCUGCGGGACUCGGUGUUGCCGAUGAUUGACAACAAAAGCGUCGAGAUUCGAAACGCCGCGAUCUACACCAUCACCAAACUUCUUAUUCCGUCCGGCGAACGGGUGGACCUGAGCAUUGCGCGGCGGAUCUGCGUGAAUACCGUGAUCUCCCGCAUGCUCACCGUGGCGCUCUCCGACCCUGACCACACCGUACGGUAUGCGAUUAUUCGCGCAUUCACCGAGGAUUUCUAUCCCUAUCUGAACGAGCCGCAGUUUCUUUUUCAACUAUACUCCAUGCUCGGCGACGAGUCGAUCGAUUGCCACGUGGCCGCGGUGGAGCAGCUUUGCCAUAUGAUUAAAUACAACCCGUCCUACAUUCUGCACGUUUUGCGAAACGAAAUGGUGCUCUUUUUGGGCUUCAUCUCCUCCGAGUGCAAUCUGGUGACCGUGCAAAAUGGGCUUCGACUUCUCGCCGCGGUGUCCUCCAAGGCGCCUCAGUUUGUCGUCAACUUCACCGAAUCGAUUUUAGAGAUUUUGGAAACGCAGGUCGCUCUGGGCUCGACUUCGUCCAUGCUUCUACAGCUUUUGGUCUGCUAUACGGAAUUCGCCAAGGCGACGCAUCAGUUCAGCAAGGCCCCGCCCCCCUUCAAAGGGGAAAUCGCGAGGGUGUGUGAGUUGUUUAACUCCCUUCCGUCCGAGCAAAGCCACCACGCGGUCCGUCUGGAGUGUUUACGCUUCCUGAGCGCCACCCUCGGACCUCUUGUGGAUGGGGAAAUCCCGUACAAAACAUUCCCUCGACUCUACCCACUCCUCUCCUCGAUCAUCCGAAGUGCGGAGGAAAAUAUAGAAAUCCGCCUCGAGGCGUUGAAGUGCUUUGGGAUUAUUGGCGCCAUAGACUCGCGCAUCCUGCAAUCCCUCAGCAUUGUUAAUAGCGAAACCCCAUCCUCGGCCUCCAUGGACGUUUUUAGCCAACUCACCCAUCAAAAGUGCUGUCGGGCUGUUCUGCACGCCAUCUCGGUCUUGUGCGACCCGACGAACAAUCGCCCCAUCUCCUCCUCCGUGCACGAACGGCUGCUUCGAAUGAAUAUGCAAACAAUUCUGAAUAUCGCGGACCGCUGCCCAUGCUCGCGCGCGGAAAUGAGCGUCAUCAUCGCCCCCCUUACAAAGGUAAUUUGCGAUCUCAAUAGUGGCCGAAUGCUGGCCUCCAUCAUCUACGAAUACACCAAUAUCAUUAAAUUCAUCGGUGAGUCCGUGUUGAGGCACGCAGAGAACAUCUAUUGCGUCUUUGAGGACGUGUGGAAGAAGCACCCGCCCUAUCGCUUUCUUGUUGUUCGCAUGCUUUCCGUCCUCACGAAAUUCGAGACCUCCGUCAGCGAUAACUACCGCUAUCACCACACCCUCGCGCUGCCGCGAAUCCUCAGCACCCUCGGCCACGUGGACUCGCCGAUGGACCUGAAAUACGCCAUCAUAGAAUACAUUUUACGCCAUAUCGACAUCCUGCAGGGCUCCUGCGAGGCGGUCAUCAGCAAUCUUAUUAGCGUCGUUCAGUGCCCAUACACCUCGCUCGACUUCUGCAAUGCCGCAGUGGCGACGAUGAAGCUGGUUUGCUCCAAACUUUACGUGGAUGCGCUCGUCGGGACGAUUGUCCGAGGCCUUAUUGAGUGCCUCACACAAGAUUUAGCCAGACCAAACCGUAAUGCCGCGUUAUUCACAAACGUGAUGGCGGUUUUCUGCCUUCUUUAUCAAGAUUGGCAGACCGAUUUCGUGAUCUAUGCGGCCUACAUCAUGCAGACGCUGAAAACAUUCAGCGUGGUUCACUCGGAGUUUAGCAGUAUGAACUCUCAAAUCAUUAGUGGGAUGAACUGCGCGAAAAGCGAAAAUCCCUUUCAGACAACAAGCGAGGAGCUCUCCAACUUGUUCCAAAAGUGUGAAUCCGAACUCAUCAAGAGCCUCACACGGCAGGCCGAUGUGUGGAGCUAUUCCAAACUCUCCGAGGAAAAUAAAAACAACCUUAACAACAUGUCCAGCGAUAACGGGAAGGAAAAAACGCUACCGAUCAGCGAGCAGAAGAUACUGGUCUAUUUAAAAACAACUCCCCUUAGCAAAGAGGAUUGGAUGCGGUGCUCCGAGCAGUUCUCCCUGGAUCUUCUUCUUGAGUCCCCCUACCAAGUCUUCCGCUGCAUCACACUCCCCAUCUCCAUCAACGCCCCGCCCUUGACGGACAAAUUCCCGCAAUUCAUGCAGGACGUCCUGCACAUCGCGUUUCGCACGCUGUGGACGUACUCCAGCGCGAAUUUGCGCGUCGCCAUCGUGGACUUUCUACGCCUGACCUCCCGGCAGGCGAUGGUGCCCUCGACGGUGCCCGACGAGGUCGUCGAAUUCCUCCUCGGCCUUGUGGAUUACAUGGAGCACGUCGGGGAGGGGCUGAUGUUGUCCUACACCGACAUCUCCGACUGCGCGUGGUAUCGCGGGAUGUUCGCGCGAUCGCUCUUCUGGCGCGAAGAGGCCUACCGCAUCAACCCUGCCGGGACCGCGGAGUCGCUUAUCGCGCUCUACAGCGAACUCCGCAUGGUGGACUCCUCCGUCGGGAUUCUAAACCACGCCCCCGAGGCCCAGCGCCGGAUUUUUCUCCGCUCGAGCCUCGUGAAGCUCGCGCGCUACGCGGAGGCGCUGGAGCUGAUUGAGCAGGAGAUGGGCGCGACGGCAGACUCCACCACCCCCACAAACUUCAACAACGCCUCGUCCAGCCCGUACCCGGAAUUUAGCUCCCACAACUGCUUAACCCCGCAGCAGUGGAAUCGAACGGAGGAGAACGGGGACUAUUCCCAACUCAUGCACGAGUUCAUCGAGACCGACCACAAACUCAAACUCAAGACCGAGUUCCUGCUCUGCUUGAGCGAGCUCGGUGACUACAACAGAGUCCUCAAGGAGUGGAAUGAGCUCUACAAAAGCUACAGCGAGGGCUCCUACGACGAAGGGGAUUCGUCGAUCCUGACGCGCGUUUCCCAAUACGCCGCGGAUGCCUCGAUCCGGGUGCAGUCGUGGGAUACGCUGAAGUGCGCUCUGGAGUGGAUCCCGCAUGAAAGCGUCCAUCACCACAUCUCCAAGGCGGUGUUGAACAUCGCGUCGAAUAAAUAUGAUGAGGCGAUGACCGCGAUAAAGAAGGGCCGCACGAUACUCCUCGAGUACGUCUCCAGCGCCCUCCAUGAGUCCUACCUUUGCGCCUAUGACUGCUUUGUGGUGGUUCAGGAAUUGACGGAGAUGGAAGAGAGUAUUAUCGCCAAACUAUGGCGGAAAGGGCUAGGCACCUCGGAGCAUAUUGAUACACUGGCAAAGCGCUGGGAUCAGCGAACACGCAUGAUGCGGCCGAGCGCGGCGGUCUGGAAACAGGUGCUUGGGAUUCGUGGCCUCCUGAUCCCGCCCUCGAAAGACAUCCAAAACCGCACACGACUUAUACAACUCUGUCAACAAGAUAAUCUUCGACAGAUGGAAAAGUUCACGCUAGACCAACUUCUAGGCUAUAGCAACCCAACUUACGAGCAAUUGACUAGUCAAACCGCAAAUCCGAUCGUGGUAAUGCACUAUAUAUCCUACCUGGCCUCAAACAACGCCCUGCGGAAGGACACCCCUUAUGGGGAAGAAUCGGACUUAAUCAUGAAGGUCGUGGAUGUGCACACCAAGGCAAGCAACUCGAAACUCAUCGCCCGCGCGUACGCCCGGCUAGGGAAAAUUGUCGGCUUCGACGAGGCGAUUGUCUGCUUUAAGUCCGCCACCUUGUACGAUCCCAAGUGGCAUCUCGCGUGGCGAAUGUGGGCCGAGAUGAGCAGUAAGGUGCUGGAUAUACAGUACAACAACGAGGCCUGCAUCAAUGCCAUCAAAGGCUACAUCCAAAGCAUACAGCUUGGGAAAUCCGACUCGACGUUCCUGCAGGACGUGUUAAAGCUGCUCGCCCUGUGGACCCGGCACUGCGAUGAGGAACAUGGCCUCAACACGCUGGAGAGCUGUGUGAUGGAUAUCUCCACACGGGUCUGGAAAUUGGUCGUCCCGCAGCUCAUCGCGAAGCUCGACUCCGGGAGCGACCGGAGCUGCCAUCUCGUUGCGAAUAUCCUCACCAACGUCGCGUAUGACUACCCGCAGGCGCUGCUGUAUCCACUAAACCUUUGCACCAUGCCAGACUCCGAUCGGCGAAAGAAGUUGGCGAAUGAGAUCAUCAAAAAGCUUCAGGCGCGUUAUCCGGUUAUCGUGCUGCAGGGACGGCUUAUGGCGAACGAACUCAUCCGAAUAUCCUCCCUGAUUUACGAGCAGUGGUACGACAAACUCGAAAGUGCCGCGAAUGCUUUUUUCGGGAUGAACAAUAAGGAAGAAAUGAUUCGCACCCUACUUUCGAUACACGAGACACUCGAGCGCACCCCUGAGACGAUCAUUGAGGCGGAAUUCAUUGCCAAACACAGCAACUGCCUGAAUGAGGCCAAGGAGUGGGUCCAAUCCUACAAGAAGACGCUCAACGUGGCGGACCUUCAUACCGCAUGGAACCUCUACCACAGCGUUUACCGGAUGAUAAACGAGCAAAUCGCGGCGAGCACCUGUCUAAAACUGCCCUUCUGCAGCCCGAAACUGUAUGAGGCGCGGGACUUGGCGAUUGGGCUGCCGGAGCCUCGGCCGCUGCAGGAGGAGCGCUACUUCAACAUCUCCUCCUUCCAGGAGGAAAUCUUGGUGAUUCGGAGCAAACAACGCCCCAAGCGCCUUGUCGUGACGACGGUGGAGGGGCGAACCCAAAAGUACCUCCUGAAAGGCCAGGAGGACCUCCGCCUGGAUGAGCGGGUGAUGCAGUUGUUUGGGCUGGUGAAUGUGCUCCUCCAGUCCGACCCCCGAAGCUGCAAAAACCUCGGAUUCCAAAUCCAGCGCUACUCCGUGACGCCGCUGAAAAACACGGUGGGGCUGAUCGGCUGGGUCGAGGGCUGCGAUACCCUCCACCAGCUCGUCCAGUACUACCGCGAAAAGCGCAACAUCUGCGUUGACCUUGAGCUCCGCAUGCUGGGCCAGAUUAUCACCCCGGACAACCCCAAGGCCUACGACCAUCUGUGCAUGAUGUCCAAGGUGGAGGUGUUGGAGUUCCUCGCGGAUCACACCUCGGGGCAGGACCUCCGCCGCGCGAUGUGGGCCUUCACCCCGAGCUGUGAAACCUGGCUCGACCAGCGCACGAUGUUCACCUCCUCCCUGGCGAAUAUGAGCAUGGUGGGGUACAUCCUCGGGCUGGGGGAUCGCCAUCCGAAUAAUUUGAUGGUCCAGCGCACCUCCGGCCUGGUGAUUCACAUCGACUUCGGGGACUGCUUCGAGGUCGCCAUGACGCGCGACCGGUUUCCCGAAAAGGUCCCGUUUCGCCUGACUCGGAUGCUGCGAAACGCGCUCGAUGUAUCGGGCGUCGAGGGCGUCUUCCGCGCCGACGCGGAGGUCGUCAUGAGCGUCCUGCGGGAGGGCCGGCAGAACGUCCUCGCGCUGCUCGAGGCCUUCAUUCAGGACCCUCUCAUCUCCUGGCGGCUGUUUAACCGCCCGGGGCAGGAGCCGAUCUCCUCGACGGAGCAUAAAACCAUCGAGGAGCAGGUCGCGAUUGGGCGGCUGAAUCGCCUGCUCUCCGUCGCGCAGGAUUCCAUCUCGGAGACGGUGGAAGGGAUGGGGAUCGGCCCCAACACGAUGGGAAUUCACCAUUUAGGCGAGGAGGUGGAUAUCGUCCAUCAAGGGGUUUUUAUGUUCAACCGCGUGAACUCCAAGCUGCGCGGGUUGGAUUCCCUUGCAGGGGGGACGAUGAAGGAGUCGGACGUCCACACCCAGGUCAGUCUGCUGAUCUCGCAAGCAACCAAUAAUGUGAACGUGGCGCAAUCGUGGUCGGGAUGGUACCCAUUUUGGUAA